AUGAGCACGCAGGAAUGUAGUUCAAAGGCUCAGGUGUCGGUGUGGGUGGUAGCAGGAGGAACAAUAGAUUCCAUGCUAGUUUCCAUUGUUGGAAUGGCACUCUACACGGGCUAUGUGUUCAUGCCUCAGCACAUCAUGGCAAUAUUGCACUACUUUGAAAUUGUGCAGUGA